UUGGCCCAGUUACGAGAAUCAUAUCGAGAGCGUCGUCUUCAGCAGCACCCCGCCGUUCUUGCGCGCCGCCGGAGCUUCUAUACGCGCCGCCGGAGAGCCCGGGGACGUACCCCAGGUGAGGGUACGGUAAAUCCGCCACCCAAAGCCCCUCCCCAGGGUUUCUCUACAACGUCCCACACCGGCGCGGCACCUUAGGCGCUCCGCCGUGCCCUACCUCUCCGCAUCGCCGCCAUCGCCGUUUCCGUUCAACCCCACCGCGUCCCUCUUGUCUCCGCUGUUUUCUUGAUUGGUUUCUAAUAAGCUGCAGCAGAGACAGUGCAUGGCGGCGGCACCACAUCACCUGCUCUAUGAAUUCGCCAAGGCUGCACUUAUCAAGAUAUUUGCAUUUCCUUAUGCCACGGUCUGCGACAUGUACUGCAACGGCGGCGCUGAUACAGAAAAGUGGGCUGAUGCGCAAGCUGGUCACUACAUAGGAAUUGACGCUUCUGCGUCGGCUGUCAGCAGUGAUGCCCGUGAACUAUGGGAGACCAAAUGGAAACCUUUCACCACUGAAUUCAUCGAGUUGAAUCCUUCUGCUGAUGACUUUGAAGCUCAAUUGCAAGAAAAGGGCAUCCAAGCGGAUAUAGUUUGCUGCAUGCAGAAUUUACAGUUAUGCUUUGAAAGUGAGGAGCACGCAAAGAAGCUUCUCAAUAACGUAUCAUCCUUGCUCAAACCUGGAGGAUAUUUCAUUGGCAUAAUUCCUGAUUCAUCUACAUUAUGGACGAAAUAUCAAAAGAAUGUUGAGGCUUCACAUAAUAAGGGUCUGAAGGUUGUUCCAAAUAGCAUCCGCUCUGAGAACUAUACAAUUACCUUCGAAGUCGAGGAAGAAAAGUUUCCUUUCUUCGGAAAGAAGUACCAACUUAAAUUUGCAAAUGAAGCAAUGUUUGAAAAUCAUUGCCUGGUCCACUUUCCCAGCCUUAUGAGAUUAGCAAGGGAGGCUGGACUUGAAUAUGUGGAGAUUCAGAAUUUAACUGAGUUUUAUGAUGACAACAGAACACAGUUUGCUCCAAUGCUUGGUAGUUGUGGUGCUAGCUUGGUUGAUCCUCGUGGGAAGCUCGUUGCUCGUUCCUAUGAUAUAUUAGGGUUGUAUUCAACUUUUGUAUUCCAGAAGCCUGACCCAGAUGCAAUACCACCUGUUGUUACACCUGACCCAGAUGAAGAGCAGGAGCGGCUCUGGAGGCAGCAGGCAGCAAUGGAUGAUUUGAGGCGCCCACAGGCAGAGGUGACUCCAAUUGACCCUGAUCAGAAAGGGAUCCUGGGCCCAGGACCUGCAGAUAUGAGGCUUAAUUAGUUUGCCAGAAAAUUCAGAUGUAGAUAUAGACUUGGGGGAAUUGUGCUCCCUCAGCUGAUGGUGCAUGGUCAUGCUGUGACAUCCCCUGUGUCACCUAAGUUGAUCUGAAGCUCUUGUCAAAAAGGGAAGGAAAAAGGUUGAUCUGAAGCACACGCACGUGGUUGAUGCGAGUUUUGGGCAUUCGUUGAAUUCCACCAGGCCAAUUUCCAUGCGUGCUGUCAUCACCAGUAGUGCAAUUUCAAGCCAUGUUGCAUUAGGUCUUAGUAGAAGGUAUUUUUUGUAUGUAGAUGUACACUUAAUUUUCGUGCUUUGUCUAACACGACUUGUUAAAAUUUUGUGGUAGUGUGACUGUGAAAGACUUUUUUUAUUUGAAACAGAGGCAAAAGCUUUGCUUUUUUCACUAA